AUGGUGGCAGCGGUGGGAUGGCAAGCCGGAAGAAAAGUGUUCGUCUACCCAAGCGCACAGGUUUGCGGUCUCAGAGCCAUGUGCAACAGCCAGGGGGCGCUGGAGCAGCAUGGGAAACGGACGAAGAGGAAGCGAAACCGGAAGUCAAACCCGGGCCAUUCUCGGAGCCUGGACAGGAUAUGCGGCAAGGCGCUGGAGGCGUACUCUGCCAUGGACGAGGAGAGAGCCCACUGCUACCGGGACUUAAAGGAGGCCCUGUUGGCGAAAUUUGAUAUUUCACCCGAGACCUACCGCCAGCAGUUUCGCUCCUCUACUCUACCAUCUGGAGAGAGCCCCACGGAGACCUAUCAUCGUCUCAGAGGUCUCUAUCAUUGCUGGAUACGGCCCGAGGAGCGGACCACGGAGGAGGUCGGCGAGGCAAUCAUCAAGGAGCAGCUGCUGCGAGUUUUCCCCUUCGAGGUGCGGACCUGGGUGAAGGAGCGCGAGCCCGGCGAUGGACUCACCGCUGCAAAGUUGGCCGUGCAGUACCUCAACGCGCGCAAAGGCGGACCUGCCCGGACCGGCACUACAGCUCAGUGUGGGCCAGCUCACCCGCUUCUCCCCAGACCACCCCGACAGGACAGCUACCCAGAUCGGCAAGACCAGCCCUAUCUUGUGAGUGUGGGUGUGGUUGAAAACUUACCAGUGGAUGCUAUUCUCGGUUGGGAUUUACCAGUUCUCAUGGACCUGUUGAACGAAAGAGUGUCUGAGGAAAGUGUCCAGCCUCUGCCAGACUUGGACAGUAGUCUGUGGGAGGGGGGCACUAAGGGGCCCAAGAAGUCCCGCCGUCAGAGGCGGUUUGAAAAACAAAUGUGGUCUGCUAGUCCUGAAGAUGUUUUACCUUUGUGUUGGAAUGUGCCCGACAAUGUUGUUCCUGUCAGUCCAUUUGAGUCGGGGACAUGGCGUGACCCCGCAGUGCUGAAGAGCUGUGUGUGUCCGCAGGCUGUGUUUGAUGUGGACAAGACUAAAGGCCUCACUCUGGUCGAGGUCUGGGAGGGGCUGACUCCAGACGACAUCAAGGCCUGCACCGGGACGGACUUUGAGGUGUCUCCAAACCUCAAGUCCAUGCAGCAGAUUUAA